AUGCAGCGGAAUCCUGGUACUUUCAGAUUGUCAUCAGCAAGGGUACACGAUAUGACGUUAAUCAUCGUAAUUCAGUUACUGCUCCAUCUCUUUCUUACCGCGAAAGCCUGUACGGAGAUCCGAGUAACUACAGAGGACAACAGUACUGCAGUCAUCGGCAGGAGCAGGGAAUGGUCUUUCGAUCUCCAGUCAGACAUCAUAGUGGAACCCCAGGGGUAUUUUCACAAGGUCAAUCUAUCCGUUUACUGCACUAAUACUGAUCAUGCUGGUGCACCACUUCAAAACUGGACAAAUAGAUACACCGUCAUCUGCCUCAAUGGUUACGGUUGGGAUGUUGCUUUUGAUGGAAUGAAUAGCGAGGGAUUGACUGUGGGUGCGCUUUAUUUACCCGACUUUACCAAGUACCAGGUACAUAUCUAGUCCAAAUAGUAAAGCCUAUUAAGCUCGCGUAUCACGCUCCGCCCUCGCGCGCAAACGAAUUGUCAAAAAAAAAAAAAGGAAGAAAAUCGUCUGUGGAUAGGUUAGAGUAAAUGUUUUGACUCUGCCUUUGCUACCCUUAGUUUGGCAUUCUUUUUGCCGCGAGAAUUGGCGAGCAGCAACACUGUGAUUGUCUGGUGGGGCCUGGGCGGUAGUACUUGGUUUAAGACUGCCCAAAAUGUCCCGAGUCCUCACAGUGAUUACUUUUUUACAGAGAAAAUCUAAGACACUAUGACCCAGGCCUUCUAUGAGAGACGUUGCCUUGUCCCAAUACAGCGUUUUCCCAGGCCUUCUCGGUCAAUGCAUGUCGAUGACGUAUCCGAGGCGAACGGCCGGGAGACUCGCUAGGACCACGCGACUCGAAAGGCGUAACCCGCACAGAAUAAUGAGGCGUAGGGACUAGGCAAUGAGAGAUGGACUGAUCCCUUCGUGAGGAGCACGAUGCACGCGGUUAAAACGUCGAACGCCCGGGAGCACCUGGGAGGGCAGGGAUGCCCCACUCGAAAAGGCUGCCCGUGCUUUUCCAGGGUAGAGCUACGUAAGUGAGCUAGGAUCAACGAUUGGGAUCAACGAGUUCAGCCUUGAAAAGAGGUACUUUUCUUGGCAAGGUAAAACAUAUAAAAGAUCAAUCUCCUCCCUAGGGCUUUUCCCUAAGAAAAUGUGAUGGGCGGGAAGUUCACAUUUUCCACAACGCUAAUUUAUUACAUCUAAGAUUUUAGAGUGCAUGAGAGGACACGUGACCAGCCGAUGCCAUGUGCUUUUCCUGCUCCUCCCAUUUUCUAAGGGUAAAGCCCUGGGGACAAGGUUGUAAAAGGGUGAGGGCUUGGGGCUCGGGACAAUCCUUCCUUGAUGGAGCUCCGUCAUUGUCCCUAGCACAUACCAAUAUGCACUAGUCGCUCAUCACUCAAUUGAAAACGUUAUAAAAACUAGUCGACUAGUUCUUUAAAAUUAGCGAUUGUACUCGAUGCGGGUAUCAAAAAAGCAAUUGGCUAUUUCCGAAUAACCCAAGUUACCACUCUUUCUCAGAACCAAGGUAAGUGCAAUCUGUUCUCAUGCAAACAGCUGAUGCAAAUAGAGUUCAGUAUCGCAUUUAACUUCUCUUCCAUUGUGAAGGGCUUUGGAUCUUUCUCAAGCGACUGCCUCCUCGUUGCGUAUCUGUGGGAGCUUGUGCAACAAAUCUUCCAUAUCUAAUUUACAACUUCCUCAAUUGAUUCUGGGAAACUUCGCGACCGUCCAGGAGGUACAAGAGGCAUUGAACAACGGAUCGUUUCCGCUGUGA